AAAAGUAACAUGGAGGUUGUGCCGUGAAAUUAGUAGCGAAAUAUAUUUUUCUUUGUUUACGUGUCGAAUCUGUCGAACCUAUAAAAAGUGAACUAGAAUUAGUUGUAUAUUUGAGUGAUUUAUGGAUAGAAGUCAGAGACCGCAAUCUAUCAAGUCGUUGUUGUGAUAACCGCAUUGAAAUGAAUAACGGUGAGAUCGGAGGGCCUAGAGGCAGAGGCCGCGGAUGGCAGCAACCCGAUAAUCAGCCACGGGAGCUCCGUAGGCCAAAGAUCGUGGCAGAGGAAUCCGCUACAGAGGAAUCAAAAGUUGAACCUUCUAAAUCUAAAUUGUCGGCCGAUGCCAAGGAAUGGUACCCGCCUAACUACACCCGGAAUGUACCCACAUACACACCAGAUCCUGCGUCUUAUAGACCUCAACGGUUCUCUGUGCAAGCUCGACUUCGUCAAGCUCAAGAUCAAAAUCCCUACAACUUAGAAGAAAUGUCUUAUUCACUUGAUGAAGCUGAGAAUAUGGAUUUAAGGUCUGCCGUUCCGCAGGAGAACAUAGCCAACCUGAUAACAGUGAUGUGUGAGAUAACAUUUGAUCCUGGCAAGUUUGACAACUUGUGCGGACCAUUGGUUGAUGCCUUUGCAACAACCCUGCAUGAUGUGAACUACACUAGACCUCUAGUUGAAGCUAUUGUUAAUCAGUCGAUAGCUGAACCUAACUUCCGUUAUAAUGGAGCACGACUGUGUUCGAUGUAUGAUUCCGUAUCGCCGCCGGAAGAGUCUACCUUCCGUGCGUGUUUGUUGGAGAGAUGUUCUACUGAGGAGAACAAGAUAAUCAGCGGAUUGGAAACAUCAGAAGAGAAUAUGCGUGGAUUCGCCAUGUUUUUAGCUGAGAUCUAUACACAACUGGAAGAUAGCCAGGGAGGAAGAAUCAAGACUCUAGGAGAAAGUUUGUGUAAAGUAUUGCUGCAUUUGCUUGACACAGACAAGGAAGUUAACAUCAAAGCUGUGUGUCAACUGCUCAAAUUGUCGGGAAUAGCGCUGGACGCAGAUUGUCCGUCGGGUAUGCACGCGGCGUUUGAAAGGCUGAAGCGGCGCUCGUCCCUGGCGUGCGUACGCGGCGUGGUGGAGCUUCGCGCGGCUCGCUGGGGCACAGCAGAGCCCGAGCCCGUGCCCGUGCCGCCCCCAGACGUGCGCCGCCGGUACAACUACCCCGAAGGCGGUCCGAGCGACGGUGGGUACCUGGCGGACGGGCACACGCUGACGGCAGAGGAACGUGCCUUCCUGCAGAGUAACCUACCCCCAGGCAAGAACGUUGCGCUCGACGAGGACAUACUCGAGGAGCUCGAAAACGACGCGUGGGACACCGGUAUGGACGCUGAAAUGCAGGCUGGCUUCUUGGAGUUCCUCAAGAUAUCUAAUCAAAUCAAACGAUAACCGCACGUUGCGACGCGCCCCUUCCCUCGCGGGGCACAGACCAAACUGCGUCUACUAUGCUAGGACAAUGGUGAAAAACUAUAAAAAAAAUAUAAAAUAUAUAAAAGUAUAAAAAAGAUUUAAUGGGAGCGAUCAAUUUCGUAGCCAUCUAAUAUCAACGAUUUUAAUGAGAUUGAUGUAAGAGCUUGGCGCGUACGACUACACCGCGGGCGGCCAGAGGUCGCGCCCCGGUGUCCCAGCACAACAAACUACGCGACUGUUAUCAAUACUCCUGCUAACAGUUUUCCACCUUACCUACUUAAGGGCCACAAACACUUACUUUUAGGUGCUCCAUUGUAGUGAUUUAAGUAUCAGGAUAUGUACCGACUUAAAGCUUUUUUUUAGAUACGCAUUGUGUAUGACCAAACUAGAAUAUUAAAAACAAAAAAAAAAAA